CUAAUGAAAUAGUAAACAAACAGUAUCCUGGUUUUAGUAGAGGACAGAAGAGACACACACAGUUGUGACACAACACUAAGAAUAAAAUAUUCAACACAAAGAAAGAAGAAACAAGACAUGGUCUUUUUUGUGUUAUAAAAAUGGAACCAAACCAAAGAAGCUGUUAUUAUUAGUAUUAUUGUUAUGUGUUGUGAGAGUGAUUCACAGAUUCCAACAAACGCCGUUUCCUUUCCCUUACACAAAGAAAGAAAGAAAGAAAGAAAGAGAGAGAGAGUGUGUGUGAGAGUCUGAAAGGUUCUGUAACGUUUGCAGAAGCUAUAGCAUAACAGACACGAUUUUAAAAGCUGCUUCAAUUGUCCCUCAUAAAGCUCAAUCAUUCAAUUCUCUUAAAUUCAGACACCAGAACAUGAUGAUGAGUACUUUUUUCAUUACCUUGGAGUAAUGGUGUGGUAAUGAUGAUGGAGACUCAAAUUUGAUCAGAUUGGUGAAAAAUACUGAGAAGCUUUUGGUUGGUUUAAGGUGAAUGAUGUUGAAUUCUGGAGAAGAUGAACUGUAUGAGCAAUUGUGGAAGGCUUGUGCUGGUCCUCAUGUUGAAGUUCCUCGUGCUGGACAAAGGGUGUUCUAUUUUCCUCAAGGACACAUGGAACAAUUAGAAGUAUCAACAAAUCAGGAACUAAAUCAGAGGAUUCCUUUGUUCAAACUUCCCAACAAGAUCCUUUGUCGUGUUGUCAAUGUUCAUUUGCUGGCUGAGCAAGAAACGGAUGAGGUUUAUGCACAGAUAACUUUGGUACCAGAAUCUAAUCAAACUGAGCCUACGAGCCUUGAUCCUUGUCCUGCUGAUCCUCCGAAACCAAGAACUCACUCCUUCAGCAAGGUCUUAACUAAUUCUGAUACCAGUACUCAUGGUGGCUUUUCUGUUCUUAGGAAGCACGCCACAGAAUGCCUUCCGUCGUUGGAUAUGUCUCAAUCUACUCCAACUCAGGAACUGGUUGCUAGAGAUCUUCACAAUUAUGAAUGGCACUUUAAGCAUAUAUUUAGAGGUCAACCACGUCGACACUUGCUCACAACUGGUUGGAGUACUUUUGUGACUUCCAAGAGAUUAGUCGCUGGAGAUACCUUCGUGUUUCUGAGAGGGGAAAACGGGGAAUUACGCGUUGGAGUGAGGCAUCUGGCUUCUCCACAGAGCUGCAUGCCUUCGUCUGUGAUUUCCGGUCAGAGCAUGCACAUCGGUGUCCUUGCAACUGCGUCACACGCUGCUGCAACUCAAACUCUUUUUGUAGUAUACUAUAAGCCAAGGAUGAGCCAGUUCAUUAUAAGUGUGAAUAAGUAUAUGGAAGCUAUGAACCAGAAAUGUAGUGUUGGCAUGAGGUUCAAGAUGAGUUUUGAUGGGGAUGAUGCCCCUGAAACCGACAAAAGAUUUUCUGGCACAAUAAUUGGACAAGAGGAUAUAUCUUCACACUGGUUGAAUUCAAAAUGGAGAUCACUCAAGGUUCAAUGGGAUGAGCCUGCAUCUGUUCCAAGACCUGAUAGAAUUUCACCAUGGGAGAUAGAACCGCUUAUGGCUUCUGUUCCUUCAUCGGUUCAACCUGCGGCUGUAAAAUAUAAAAGGCCUAGACUACCAAGUGAAAUUCCAGAUCUUGGAGACACGACAUUAUGUGAUUCUACUUACUGGGAACCUGGGUUGACACAAUCCGAUGUAACGCAAGUUAACGUUAUGUCUGAAACCAAAAGGACUGAAAGUGUGCAUAUGUGGCAUCAUAAGCAAAAUGACAAUAGCAGCUGCAAUGGUAUAUCAAGGAAUCCGACAGACGGAAGUUGGCUAUCUUCUCCUCACUCCAGCGGUCCUUCUCAUUUGUGUCAAGACAUGACCGACACUAACAAGAGUGUCACCGUCUCAGCUUGGCCUAGUCUAAAAACUCACUCAGAAAUAUUGAACAAAAAUGAUAAUUUGAUUGACCAAGUUGACAAGGAGAACAAAAUAGAAACUCCUACAAGCUGUAGAUUGUUCGGGAUUGAUCUUAAUGAUCCUCGCACAAAUUCUCCGAAUGCAUCUGGAGUCACCUUUGAGAGAUGCGUUGUCACUCCCGUGUCAAGAAUUGAGGCUGACCAAAAUAUGUUUGAUAUCUCAAAGACUUCAAAAGAAAGGAAACAAGAACCAUCUCCAAUCGAAACACUAAGCAAGCAAAUCAAUAGCAGAAGUUGCACUAAGGUUCAAAUGCAGGGUGUUGCAGUGGGUCGUGCGGUGUACUUGACUGCGUUGGAUGGCUAUGAUCAACUCAUUGAUGAAUUGGAGAAGCUUUUUGACAUAAAGGGACAGCUCCAACCGAGGAAUAAGUGGGAAAUCGUCUUCACUGAUGAUGAAGGGGAUAUGAUGCUUGUUGGUGAUGAUCCGUGGCCGGAAUUCUGCAAUAUGGUGAAAAGAAUCUUCAUUUGUUCAAGCCAAGAUAUGCACAAAAUGAGCUCAGGGAACAAAUUACCAAUCUCAUCAAUGGAAGAGACUGUAAUAAGCUCAGACACAGCUGAGACAUGAAACAAUUACUCUGUCUUUUUCAUUAUCUUUAUUAGUCUUUAAUGUUGUUGUUGUUGCUUGUUUGAGUUAAUGAAUCUACUUCAUUCCUUGUUAUGCAAGUUUCAUGUUACUAGAUGUGAAACUUUGACUAAUUGUAGAGACUCCACAACUUGAAGAAAAAAAACAUGUUCUAAUAAAUUAAGUAGGUGAGAGGUGAAAAUAUUGGGCUUGUGGAAUAUGAACACAUUUGUGUUGAUGCAUGUGUGAAUAAUGCUUGAUGGACUUUUAUCUUUGCAAUUUAA